UGCAAAACUUGCAAAACAUUUGCACUGGUUUUCGGAUGGGCAGAAGGUGUGUUGCAUAGAGAUACGAGAGAAAAUAAUGCUUCCAGCUGGAAAAUUUAAUUAAUUGGUCGACAUUAGUAUUGUCCACGAAUUCUCUUUCUUCGUAAACGCUUUCUGCGAGCUUCGUAUUUCAUUCGUUUCUCUAUCUCGUACACAUCUUGAUACACAUCGCAUGAGUGAAUCGAAUAUUGCUAAGUGACCUGUGACUGAAUAACAUUUUCAACUCGUUUGAUGAACAAUCGUCCGUGCGGAUGUGUUUAUAUCCGGGUGCGCCAAAUAAAAAUUACGAAAAUGUGUGAAAGUUAGUGCAGGCUUUUUUCCAACGACACACAGUGCCAGGGGCACGCUAAGCAAAAAUAUAACUUUCGGAGGAAAUUUUCAUACAACGUUAUGAUGUAGUGUUUCUCGAUGGCGGUUUUCGGUGUUUCUCCCCACGAAUAAUCAGUUUUUCGUGCGCUAAAUACAUCCGUGUUUGCCCUUUGAGGGAUACAUGGAUGCAGCGAACGGCCAAAAGCCCCUCGUGUUGAACUCUGCAUUCUGCAUUGUUGGAUUGAAAUGAGUCAGUUAACAUAACGAAUGCUUUAUUACGCUGGGCCUGUGCCCAUCGGAGGUGGCAAUGGCACGGAUAAAAGUAAAGAAUGGCAGAUGGAAUUACUCAUGGAAAAGCUGCGCUCGAAAGGGUCUGCUUUCAAAACACUUGUGGAAACAGCAAAAAAUCUCAGGAUGGCUAUGCUGGACAAAAGAUUUGCUAUUGACAGCGUAGAAAAAAAUCAGCUACAGAAAUGUUUGGAUACUCUUCAACACUCCAUAAAAGUAACUUCGCUCCAGUCAAUGGUGGAGCGAUUGGAAAGUCUUAGCAGACAAUUAGGUUUGAAGUUCAUGUCGGGUCCUGCCGGUACAGAACUUUUCAUCACUUCGGACAUGUUCUUUGUGGAAAUUCUUUUGGAAACAACAGGCGUUGUGAAAGAUGUGAAAAUUCAUCACGAAGGAAAAACUGAACAACAGAGUGGAGAAGAAUUAGUUGCUUGUCUAUCGCGCGGAGACUUUGUUGACUUUACGGCACAGUUAGAAGGUCUAGCAUCAAAUUACCAACUCAAUGCUGACAAAAAAGUCAAGUGCAAGGCCUUCAGCGCGCUUCAAUCUCUCGAAGCGGAUCUUGGUGUAUUGGCCCAGUUACAAACUUUCAUGAAAGAGCCUUUCAAUCUCGUGCACAAAAGUCCAGUUGGUAUUUUAGAAAGGCGAAAAGGUGGUCAUGCCAUGAAACUCACUUACUUCGUAUCUCCUUACGAUCUGAUCAACCAAGAAAACCGAAUUUGCGAUCAGCUCAGUCCAGAAAUCGUCAUGACGAGGAAAAUUGGUCACUCUGUAACAAUUUGUAUGGAAGGUUCUGCAUCACACAAACUGCCAACUUCGAGUAUAAUCACCGUCAACAGGAGUCCAACUGGGAAAAGUACACCUUCCUACGCACCUUUGACAAGUGCGAACUCGUCAAUGUUGCCAGCUUGUUUCGUUCUCAAAUUGGCCAAGAAAAUGCCAAUGUGUAUGGAGCUUGUACAGAGAAUACAAAAAGUAACGGAGCUUGAUUGCGGCGACGUUUCGGCUCCUCAUCCACUUUUAAGUCUCAUCGUUCAACACGCGAGUGGUGGGCAGUUGGAUUGUCGAAACAACCGGGGACUUUACGUGACGCUGCCGGAUCAGCAGCACUGUUACUUCAUGACGGAGAACAAGAGUAUGGAAGGCGUAUUGGUCGGGAGUAUACCAUUCACACACCCAGCGCACGUGCCCCAAAUAUUGGUGUAUUUGCGUCAGCAGGCAUUAUUUAACACGUUAUUGAACAGUUGCGUGCGAUCGAUGGCGCGUCAGGAGCUCGAGCACACGACAAUGUUCGAGGUGAGCGCACUGUCGUGGCAGCAUAUAUCGGUGAGUCUGGAGCAUCCAUUCGAGGAGACAAUGGCAACGGCGGAGUUGGAUUUGACGGACAUAUCGGCUGUGAAAUGCAAAUUGUACGGUGUGAGUAUGAAUAACACCGAAGCGACAUCGGAUUUGGUUGGCAAAGUGUUGCAAAGGUGCCUUAGUAUACCGUUAACGAUGAGAACGUUGAUAAAAACGUGGGAAGGUCGAACGAGCACGUUGCCGUUGGCAAGUUUGGGUGGAAACAACGGUAGUACGGGCGGUGGAACGCCGAACGGUGGAAAUUACGGCGUUGGUAAUUUAGGAUCCGGACAAAAUGGCCACGAGAACAACGGUCAAACGGGAAUGCCGGAUUUCAGCAACGGUACUGAGCCGAAACUGAAACAAGAGCCCGGUUUAAACGGAAGCAAUGGUAACGCAGCGACGGCGAGGAACCAAACCCCGCAACCGUUGCAGCAGCAGCAGCAGCAGCAGCAGCAACCUCCUCCACAACAACAACAGUCUCAACAGCAGCAGCAACAGCAGUUACCACAGCAACAGCCGCAACAACAACCACAGCAACAGCAGCAGCAGCAGCAACAACAACAACAAUCACAACAGCAUUUUUUAGAUGCCGGAACGGAGAAUAGUAUCGGUUUUCCGUCGUUUUCCGGCCAGUCCGAUACAACAAACACACCUGCGAUGCUGAAUCCAUUGCAAUUAGGCGCUCUGCUUAGCCAAAGCAAGAGCAGUUCACCUGUCGGUGGACUUUCGACCUCGAGUCAGUCAUCCUCUGGCGAAAGACCGAAGAAAACGCGCAAGCGUAAAACAGCCGAUGGCAUUUGGCGCAGUCCGAAAAGUAAAGGGGACGAUUCUGGAGAAAUUUUGUUGGAAAGUUCGAGUUCGGAUUCGACACCGCUGGGCACACCGACGGGGAGAGACAACGCGAACGGCACGAGAACUCCGACCCCAACGUCGGUUGCCGUCAGCCUCGUAAGUGGUCUCGACAUCACGAAUCUUGAUUCCAGCGAGAUCAUAUCCGGCGACACUCGGAGCUCCGAUUACGACGUUGAAGCUGAGAGCGAAGUCAUGGAAGUUCACGAUUUACCGGAUGAUUAUGGUGACGUUAUGAAGAGAGAAAAGAAGUCACGAAAAAAUCGAGAAGACAAAAAGAGUCCGAGCUUGUUCGAGGAGAACAAGGCUUCCAGUUUGGUUCCCCCUUCCGUCAGCAUAACUCCCAUUUCUAGUGCUAAUAUCGGUCAAUCUCCCAAUUACAAUUCCGUACUUACCGGUAUGGGCUUAGAGCGACGACCUGGAAUAGAAAUCAUACCAAUAUCUUCAACACCGCAAACAACUUUACCGAGUUCCAUAACGAUCACUCCGAUUGCAAAUCCAUCUAUAAAAUCUAUGAGCAGCGAGGAGCGUCGCGAUCGUAAGAGCAAACCAAGCAGCGACGAAAAAGGAAGAUUGGAGAAAAAGCGAAAACGAAAACGCGAGGACAGCCCCAUGGGACCACCGGACAAAUUGCCACCGAAACAACCGCCCCAAGACGCUCUGUCUAAACCCGUCUCCGUCAGCAUAAAACCAACCGAAACACAGCCGAACGUGAGCUCGAGGCCUUCCUCUCCAGCGACGAUGGUCAGAAAAUUUAAUCCAUCACCGACUCACACGAGCCCUUUAGCUCUAGUGGGCAAAUCGAGUCCUACGCUGAAGCAAAACGUUUCUUCGAGCAACUCGAGCGCUUCUACGUCUUCAUCGGCAGCGACAACGAGCUCGAGCAAAUCGAUACAGAGUCCGAAACAUUCGCCGGUUUAUAACAGCCCGAAACACGCUUCUUCCGGUGGAACGACAAGCGUAAGCCCGAAGCACGGAACUUCCUCACCGAAGCAUGGAAGUUCAACGAGCGCUGGUAAGCCGAGUAUGUCAGCGUUGAAAUCUGCAGCCGCGAAUAAUUCACCAUCUUCUUCGAGCAAGAGUUGCAGCGGCGAGCAAGCCUCCUCGUCGACCGCAACGACUUCGUCGUCUUCGUCCUCGUCCUCGUCAACGAAACCUAAGUCAUCCUCGAGCAAAGAUUCGAGUCGUGACAAAGAGCGUAAAAACAUGUCGUCGUCGUCGUCCUCCUCCACGAGUUUGUCAUUCAGCGGGAGCGGCUCCGGUCGCCAGAGUCCAAAGACUAAAUCGUCGAGCAGCAAGUUGAAACAGUUGGACGCCGCUCCGAGUAACAGCGGCGAGACUCCGCCGACCUCGCUACCGAGCAGCGGCAGCAGUACGCCGCCGUCGGGGAGUUCGGAUCUUGGAAAAUCUGCAACAGCCGCGCAACAACAACAGGCUCGCAAUAGAAAAGGUUCCCUGAGCGCUGUUAUUGAUAAAUUGAAAAAUGCUCAACACUGCACCGACGAAAUUAUUCCUGGGAGCGGCGGUGGCGGCGGUUCCGGAGGGGGAAAUGGCAGCGGAAACCCACAAAAAUCCUCCAGCGGUAACGGAAGUGGCAACGAGAGCGGCGGGGGCAGCUCGAGCCAAAAGGAUCGGGGACAGAGCGGAAGCUCUUCGAGCACGAAAGCUAGCGGCGAAGGUAAAUCCACUAGCAAAAGCAGCAGCCCAUCGAUGGAGGUGAAAAACUCAGCCGAGUACAUGGUCAAGCACAGUUCUGACGGAAUGAAAAUAACGAUCAACAAAACUCGUGCCAAGGACUCGAAAAGCGGUAGCAGUAUGAAAAUAGCAUCGAGCACGGGCUCGACGGUCAGUGGAGCAUUGGGAGUCCCGGUGGCUUCCUCGGGUUCGGGUAACGGAUCACCAAAAACUCACACGGGUCUUAAGCCCGGUGUGAAUUCGGGACCAGCAUCGAAGAAGCCGCAGACGCAGUCGUCGUUGAAGGUUGCGACCCAGAGCACCGGGGUUUCGUCGUCGUCGUCGUUCGGUAACAAAGUUGGUCCGACGAGCGGCAAGAUAUCAUCUUCGACGUCGAAAUCGAGUUCGAGCUCGAGUUCCACCGGCAGCGGUGGUUUAAUAGCGAAGAGCACAACGUCGAAAAUAUCGACGGGGUCUCCGAAGAUGUCGAGUUCCGGUGCUACGGAUUUGAGUAGAAAUCGUGAGAAGCCGCGAACGACGAAAUCAUCGGACAAAAGUGGCAGCGGGGGGAGCAGCGGCGGAGGCUUGUUCGCUUCGAAGGGUACGUCGGAUGCGCGGAAAGCUAGUCCCUCGGCGAUUCGCGAGGAAAGCGAGAGCGAGCGGGCGUUCAAAGUAUUGGCCGCUCACGUGACGCCUUCGGCACUGCCCAAUUUCCCACCUCAAUUGGUCGUCGAAGGUCUCAUUAAGCAGUUGGACACGAAAUUUCAAAUACCGAAAUUAUCCGCGCGGGCUAACGCUUCCGCCGACGUUUCCGACAAGAAAACAAACGCCGAAAAAGCUUCGCAGCCUAUACCGAGCCUCGAGCACCAGAGCACGAAACUCCUCGUCGACAACUUGGCUACCGUUAAAUUGGAACAAACGAAAAUUCCUCCGCAAAGCAAUCCAGCUCCGAGCUCGUUGAGCAAUAAUCCAAAAUCCGCGUCGUCCGCGUCCUCGGUCACGUCCUCUUCCACGGACACAGUCGAAGCGCCUGGUACAAGUAGACGAGAAACGGCACAAGCGAAAAUAGACAAUCUCGCGACGAGCUCGAGUACUCUGCCAAUAAUAAGCCUCGCCGGGGCCAUGAGUCCGGCGAGCCAUUUAUUGUUACAGCCAUCGGGUUCUCUCACUUCGACUACACCACCGUUGACGACACCCGGAGCCCACGAUUUAGACGUACCUACAAAUUUAUCGAUGUCCACGGGGGAAGAUUCGCGGGAUUCGUGCAAAGAGCUGUUGGUUUCGACCCCAUCGACGACGCCGAUCCGAGCAACCUCCGGUGUAGUUAAUUCUCAACAAACCUUUCCCAAAAGCAGUGUAACUAUGAGCAAUCCUCCGACCUCCUGCGUCGUCGUAACCGACGAAAUCGUUCCCAGCAGUGCACUCAGUCACGUCACAGUAGAGUCGCCAGCGAUAGUCGAAACGAGCGUGAUCCCGAAGCCGUCGGUUUAUCCAACCUCGACGGGCGUCACGAGCAGUCCGAUCGUCGGCGCAGUGGCGACAUCGGAAAGCCUUAAUUUGAGUACAAAACCAGCGGAUGCUGCCCUCAGCAAGUACAGCAAGAGUAUCGAGGACGGUAGAAAACCAAUCGACAAACCCGUCGUACCUCCAAAUUCUUCGACACCCUCAGCAUCGAAUUCGCCGAUCGAAGUUUCUUCCAAUAAAGCAGGAACGACGAUAGCCGGCUCCCAGGAAGUAGCCGAAUUGUUGCUGGAUUUUUCAACGCCCAAAGACGUUGCCAAAGUUCCGAUUGCUACGAUACCCGAGAGAGCUAUGAGCCUUCAAUCGGCACCGGUCAGAAGAAACACUCCGCCACCGCCCCCGCCGCCGCCGCCACCCCCGCCAGUUCUCUUCCCACCAAGUCCAUCCGUCAGUGUUCAUAUCGUUAAGAGCCCAGCACCGUCGCCAAGAGUAAUACCACCGUCGCCUCACGCAGCUUCACCGUGCAUCACCGACGACGAACUCAUGGACGAGGCACUCGUCGUUACGAUAGCUCGCGCUUGUUGGCUGAAUGACGUUUUGCCAAAUAACUCGGGAGUUAAAUUGUUUAUCGAACACUCGCAGCUCGAUUCCACAAUAAUCAAAUAAACAGAAACGGUUUACCGAGACGCCACUUUGCCAUUGAGUCUCGAGGAUGAGUCAAGAUAGGCUCGAGCCUCCCAUGGAAAAUCUACAGGUAUAGUGACUUAUAAAAACGUUUUGGAAAACGAUUUUUCUUUUUUUUCUUUUUUUUUCGUCCUUUUUUUUUUGUUUAAUUCGUGAAUAUUUGACUGGUAGGUAGUGCUGCUCCUAGAUACUUUAAUUAACUCGUCGGGAUUCUUCAGUGCUUCCUUCGUUCAUACAACUGAGGAGACAAUAAAUACGUAAACAAAUCUACGAGCUA